AUGCGUCUUCUCGUAUUUUUGUUCAUCGUUUUUAUUUGCAAGAAAGGAAAUGGAACCAAAUACCAAUGUAAUACACAUGCUUCAUGUGGAUGUUCAACUUCAUUUACUCUUAUAUCACGUAUUGUUGGUGGCGAAACUGCAGUUCGACAAUCUUGGUCAUGGGCUAUUUCUCUUCGUUCUAAUGGAGAACACAUUUGUGGAGGAUCAAUUCUUUCGCCAUCGUUCAUUAUUACUGCUGCUCAUUGUUUUGAAUACACAACUAAUUUAAAAAGUAUCACUAUUCUUGUUGGAUCUCUAACUUUAAACCCUUCAUCACAUGAUUUACCUCAAGUUCGUUCUGUUGCUCAACUCUACAAACAUCCUAAUUUUGGCUCUAAUUCAUUCAUAAAUGACUUGGCUCUUCUUCGCUUAUCUACUCCGUUAAAUAUGAGACAUGGAAAUAUCAAACCAAUCUGUUUACCAUCUGAUACUGUUUCUCAACCAUCAGACAAUAUUAGUAUGAUUGCUAUAGGUUGGGGUACAACAUCAGCAACGGGAAAUAUACUUUCUUCAACUCUUCUUCAAGUCACACUACAAUCCAUAUCAAGUAGAUACAGUGGAUGUAAAGACCUGAUUUAUGAUAGUAAAUUACAAUUUUGUGCUGGAAUAAUAACUGGUGGUAAAGAUACUUGUCAAGGUGAUAGUGGUGGACCAUUAAUGGCAUUUGUUAAUAAUGUUUGGCAACUUUAUGGCAUCACAUCCUAUGGAUAUGGAUGUGCAUUACCUGGAUCGCCAGGAGUCUACACUCGAGUUAGUUACUACGUAAAAUGGAUCAGAUCAAUCAUGUUACCAGACAAAAUUAAGUCAAAUAAAGCUGGCAGAGGCAAAAAUCCAAUAACAGACAGGGUUACCCCAAGCAAGAAACGAAUAACAACUAAGAUCACCACAAGGAAAGUACCAAUAAAGAACUAG